GGCAGACAAUCCUCUAACACCCUCAGAUCGCCGCCAACCUAAUUCAUCGUUCCAAGCYGCCCUCCUCUUGUCGCCUAUUGGAACUCGGUGGCCAUCUCAAAUCUUUCCCGUAAAUCCUCCCUUCUAAUCUUCAAGGCCGUUGUGUAUCACAUCAAUCGGAAAACGAAAUUAAUCCUUCUUGCUGUUCUCAAGCGAUCCCAGGUGUUUACAUMUGCUAUUUUGGUUAAGCAUUAUGACAAAGUUCAGGAAGCUCAAUCGUCCUACUGGUCAUCGAAUGUCCAUGCUUAGGACCAUGGUCUCUCAGUUGGUGAAGCACGAACGCAUAGAAACUACUGUUGCCAAGGCAAAAGAAGUACGUCGUCUUGCUGAUAACAUGGUGCAGCUUGGGAAAGAGGGAACCCUUUUUGCUGCGAGGCGUGCUGCUGCUUUUGUGCGAGGAGAUGAUGUUAUUCACAAACUAUUUACAGAGCUGGCUUACAGAUACAAAGAUAGGGCAGGAGGGUAUACACGAGUGCUUCGAACUCGGAUUAGAGUUGGUGAUGCCGCACCAAUGGCGUAUAUAGAGUUCAUAGACAGGGAGAACGAGCUUAGGCAGUCAAAACCCCCAGCCCCACAACCAGCUGAAAGGCCACCGUUGGAUCCCUGGACAAGGUCUCAGCUUAGCAGGAGUUUSGCACCUCCUAAACAAGUCAAAACCUCCGAAGCAGAGGAUUGAAUAAAAAGGGGUAUUGAAAACACUUAAAAAGAGUUUUUGUAGCGACAUUUUAUGGCAUCCGAAUAUUUCAUUUUGUUCCGCACGGAAGUUUCAUGAGUCCAGUUCUGCUGAUCUGCUCAUGUUGAAGGCUGAAAUAAAAUGAAAUUUAAAAUUUUGAAUGGC